CUUUGCUGCACCUGAGGACGAUGAGUAGUCUCCUGCGCUAGAGUUAGAUGGUAUGGGAAUGAUGGACCUCCCUAAUGGCCAAUCAAGCAGCUCCACCGCCGCUGCCACGGUCUCUGAGAAGAGCAGCAGCUCAGAGUCCCUCAGUGAUAAGGGUUCCUCGGAGCUGAAGAAGAGUUUUGAUGCUGUUGUGUUUGAUGUCCUGAAGGUCACUCCAGAAGAAUAUGCAGGCCAGAUUACUCUCAUGGAUACUCCUGUGUUCAAAGCCAUCCAGCCAGAGGAGCUGUCAAGCUGUGGUUGGAACAAGAAGGAGAAGCACAGUUCUGCCCCCAAUGCUGUGGCUUUCACACGCAGGUUUAACCAGACCAGUUUCUGGGUGGUACGGGAGAUCCUCCAUGCUCAGACGUUGAAGAUCAGGGCUGAGGUGCUGAGCCUUUACAUCCGCACUGCCAAGAAACUGUGUGACAUGAACAACCUGCAUGCAGUCAUGGCUGUGGUGUCGGGACUACAAAGUGCUCCCAUCUUUAGACUUACCAAGACAUGGGCGCUACUGAGUCGGAAGGACAAGGCCACAUUUGAUCGUCUAGAGUACCUGAUGGCCAAAGAGGACAAUUAUAAACGGCUAAGAGACUAUAUACGAAGCCAGAGCAUGGUCUCCUGCAUACCCUACUUAGGUAUGUACCUGUCUGACCUGACGUAUAUAGACUCAGCCUACCCCUCCACGGGCAGCAUACUGGAGAAUGAGCAGAGAUCCAACCUGAUGAACAACAUCCUGAGGAUCAUAUCUGACCUGCAAAGAUCCUGUACCUAUGAUAUACCAGUGCUGCCUCAUGUCCAGAAGUAUCUCAACUCAGUUAGGUAUAUUGAGGAGCUGCAGAAGUUUGUGGAGGAUGACAACUACAAGUUGUCACUGAAGAUUGAGCCAGCCACCAGCACACCGCGAGCUAAUGUCUCCAAAGAGGACCUUGUUGGUCAGGAAGCAUCAGCCUCCCCUCUCUGCGGCCGGAAAGGUACGGUAGCAGUUGAAGGGAGCAAAGUCCCGGCCACACCUCCCUCCCCCCGGAACCUGCUGCCCCAUGGACACAGGAAGUGCCACAGCCUGGGCUACAAUUUCAUCCAUAAGAUGAAUACAGUGGAGUUUAAGAGCGCCACGUUUCCCAAUGCCGGGUCCCGUCAUCUAUUGGACGACAGCGUCAUGGAAAGUCACACUCCAACCAGAGGACAAGCAGAAAGCUCAACUUUAUCCAGUGGAAUCUCACUUGGGAGCAGUGAGGGCUCCGAGCUCAGUGAAGAGAUGUCAUGGCCAGCUUUUGAGAGGACUCGGUUCUAUCACUCUCUGGGCCCAGUGACCCGUGUGGCCCGAAUCCCCUACAGAGGAGUCCUGAGGCCCAGCAGCUCAGCUGAAUCUGAGGAGCUUGCAGUUCACUUGUAUCCUGGAGCAGUUACGGUCCAGGGGGUGUUAAGACGCAAAACUGUCCUCAAGGAGGGCAAGAAACCCACGGUGGCAUCCUGGACAAAGUACUGGGUGGCUCUAAGUGGAACACAGCUCUACUACUACCCUGCCAAGUCCCUUAAGGCCACUGACAGAAAGCAUUUCAAGUCAACGUCCAGUAAGAGUGUGUGUGUGGUGGGUUUGAUGGCAAUGAUGGCUGAUGACCCUGAGCAUCCUGAUGUCUUCCUGCUGACUGACUCUGAGCACGGUAACACCUACAAGUACCAGGCGGGGAACAGAAUGAACGCAUUGCUUUGGUUCAAACAUUUGAGUGCUGCCUGCCAGAGCAACAGGCAACAGGUGCCAGCAAAUUUGAUGUCAUUUGAGUGACUGAUGCCAGGAAGUGUCAUGUGACCGAACGAUGGAGAGAGGGAUGAGGAAACGGAGGAGAGGAGGAAGUGGAGGAGUAUUGACUCUGUAGUCGGAGCUUUCACUGCCAUGAGCCCUAACCACCGACUCCCCGAACCCUGG